AAGCACUGGGAAUAUCUCUGUGCUGGACCCUGUUCUCCGCAUAUCUGCUGAAAUGUGUGUGCGCGUGAAAGGACGAGAGAGAAAGUGUGUGUGUGAGCGUGUGAAGGUGUAUACCUCCAACAAGUAAAGACAGAGGAAUUAUUCCGAGGCAACGAAAUAUUUCAACACAUCUCUUUGGCAGGACUCGGGACGAUCUCAUUAUUACCGGAAUGUCUAUUUUAACGAAAUCCAAAGGAAACCGACAUACGCCGCAAGCAGACAUACAGUGACUCGGUCGACUUUAAUUUCAUUGUUUUAUUUUUAUUUUUAUUUUCUCGAUUUCAUAGUGCACUGACAAAAGACAAGCGGCACCCGCGAAGAUUAAUGGAUAGCCGUUUCUCGCUUUCUCUUUUAGAUACUUUGUUGGAAUCCAGCUAGAGAAACAAUUAAGAGACUCACACACCGAGGCGUCGCAGGGACGCUGGACUUGGUGAAGGACUUCUCCGGCGCAGACAUUUAGCUGAUUUUACCACCAGACGCUAGAUUUAAGGGACACCGCAUCUACUAUCUGGACUUGAAUGAGCUUCCCGAUGAGAGAUCCAGUUCUUCAAGGAUCCAGUAUGGCAUAUCACCCGUUUUUACCUCACCGGGGUCCGGAAUUUGCCAUGAGCGCAAUGCUGGGUCACCAGCCGCCCUUCUUCCCGGCCCUGGCGCUGCCACCUAACGGCUCCCUGUCUCUGCCCGGGGUGCUGGGCAAACCAAUAAUGGAGCAGCUGAUGGGCGCAGCAGAGACCGGCCUUCACUUCUCCUCUCUGGCACACCAAGCCGCCACCGCGCAUCUCCGGCCUCUCAAGACACUUGAGCCCGAGGAGGAGGUUGAAGACGACCCCAAAGUUCACCUUGAAGCCAAGGAACUCUGGGAGCUUUUUCACAAGCGCGGCACAGAAAUGGUUAUCACCAAAUCUGGAAGGCGAAUGUUCCCUCCGUUUAAAGUCAGAUGCACGGGCUUGGACAAAAAGGCCAAAUAUAUUCUGUUGAUGGAUAUUGUUGCGGCUGAUGACUGCAGGUAUAAAUUUCACAACUCUCGCUGGAUGGUGGCAGGAAAGGCUGACCCCGAAAUGCCAAAACGGAUGUACAUUCACCCCGACAGUCCGGCCACUGGCGAACAAUGGAUGUCUAAAAUCGUCAAUUUUCACAAACUUAAACUGACAAAUAACAUCUCCGACAAGCAUGGCUUUACCAUACUAAACUCCAUGCACAAAUACCAGCCAAGAUUUCACAUUGUGAGAGCCAACGACAUACUGAAACUCCCAUAUAGCACGUUCAGGACCUACGUGUUCCCUGAGACAGAUUUCAUUGGUGUCACUGCCUACCAGAACGAUAAGAUUACACAGCUGAAAAUUGAUCACAAUCCUUUUGCAAAAGGAUUUCGUGACACUGGAAAUGGGAGACGCGAAAAAAGAAAACAGCUAGCUCUGCAAUCGAUGCGUUCGUAUGAGGAGCAGCAGAAAAAAGAAAACGGGACGUCAGACGAUUCCUCAGGCGAACAAGCGUCCUUCAAAUGUUUUCGCCAGGCUUCGUCUCCUGCGGUCUCAACUGUUGGACAGAAUAACUUAAAAGAUUUUUGCGACAGUGAUGAAGAUAGCGAUGACGAAGACAAAGAUGGAAACGUGAAAGAGGGGCCAGACUCGAGCAAAAUUUCCACUACGACUGAGGACUCCAAGGAUCACGAUGCGAGUUUAAGCAAAAGUCUGUUUGGAGAAAGUGACUCUGUCGGUCGGAGAACUGAAAAAGUACGAGCGGACUCACGGCAGAGUCCCAUCACGCUCAUCUCUAGCACCACUAGGUCCGGUGAGGAACUCAAGAGUCCGGGCCGGGAACAGGCCAAAACAGACGACUGCCGGACAGUGAGCAAAGAAAAUUACAUGCCAUUGACUGUCCAAACAGAUGGCGCUGCGCACUUAAAUCAAAACCACUUGCACAAUUUUGGAUUUCCGCCGGGUUUGGCCGGGCAGCAGUUUUUCAAUCACUUGGGUGGUGCCCAUCCGUUUCUCUUACACCCCAGUCAGUUCAAUAUGGGAGGCGCUUUCUCAAACAUGGCCGCAGGGUUGGGCCCCAUACUGGCAGCAGUUUCCUCCGGAGGGGUCAGUUCAAUGGACACGAGCAGCAUGCCAUCACCCUCGCAAAGCCUGACGGCGGCACCGCUGCCCUUCCACCUACAGCAGCAUGUCCUGGCGUCGCAGGGUCUGGCUCUGUCUCCUUUUGGAUGUCUCUUCCCGUAUCCUUACACAUAUAUGGCCGCCGCUGCAGCUGCUUCAUCCGCCGCCUCUUCAUCGGUCCAUCGUCAUCCGUUUCUAAACGCGGUGCGGCCCCGGUUAAGGUACAGCCCUUACUCUUUACCGAGCGUUCCCGACAGCACUUUGCUUACAACGGCUGUCCCACCCAUGGCGAGCAGUGCCUUCGAUCUGAAGGGAGACGGGAUGACCACGAGUCCCACUUCAGCUGCUCUGGACUCUGAGGUCACCAGCCGCUCGUCUGGUUCAGUAUCACUCUCACCAAAAACCUGCGCCGAGAAAGAUUCCAGCACCGAGUUACAGAGCAUCCAGCGCCUGGUCAGUGGACUUGAAUCCAAAUCGGAAAGAGCGCGCAGUGUGUCUCCAUAGAGUGCUGCGCGUGAGUGAUGGUGACCGGACCGGGAACGAUGAAGACAUUGACAGACCUACAGGUUGCGUACGACGAUUAGCCCGUUUACAAUACGGACCUGCAUCGGACAAAAAGUUGACUCAAAAUGCACUUUGAUAAAACAAAAAUAAACACGUAAAAUGUAUGUUGUUCGUUUGCUAAAUUAAAACUUUGAUUGCCCAGGCAAGGAUGUCAGAGACUGAAUCAAGCUGCUGCUCCUCUUUAUGUUAUACGUCAGGGUGACGGAUUUGAUUUAAUUUAAUAUGCACUCUGAAUAUGUUUAUUUGAUGUGUCUUUAUCGGAUGUCUUUGAAAACAUAUUCAUGAAUUAAAUAAGUUACCAGAGGCAUAUUGCAUGUCAAAGACCAGACUUAAUCAAGACUGCUGUUUUUGAGUUAAAUGUUUUAGUCUGUAUUAUUCGAAGCGAGCGCAAAUUCACCAAGAACGAAAUCUACACUACAGUUUUAAGACUAUUUUGCAAUAUGACGGAGUUACCUCAGUAAAACCUUAAGGACGUUUUCUAGUGUGUGUGUGUGUGUGUGUGUGUAUACACACAUACAUAAUU